AUGAUGAAAAAGGCCACCAUCGAAUCCGAUGAGGAAGACUUUGAGCAACAGCCUAGCAGAUUACCUGACUCGUAUGCAAAAGACAGCUCAAAUGGUCCAAAUGGUAUACUCUAUCACCAAUUACGAGACUUGGACUUGACGCACCAGAGAAUAUCAACCACAAAGGGACUUGGACUUGAACGCUUCCAGUUCUUACAGACAUUAUCAUUACGUCAGAAUCUACUCUCCAAGAUUGAAGGACUAGAGACAUUGCAACAGUUACGUGAGCUGGACUUGUAUGACAACCGUAUCGUGAAUAUCGAGGGAUUGGAUGCUUUGAGUAGUCUCAAGACACUCGAUUUAUCCUUCAACAAGAUCAAAGACAUCUGCAAUAUUGACACUCUUGUGAAUCUGACAGACAUAUAUCUUGUGGCUAAUCGCAUCUCGGUCAUUGAAGGACUGGAAAAGCUCGUCUUGUUAACUCAGGUCGAAUUCGGUGCCAACAAGAUUCGUGUGAUUGAGAAUCUAGAUGCACUUGUGAAUCUCACUCAGUUAUGGCUUGGAAAGAACAAGAUCACCAAGAUACAGGGAUUGGACAAGUUAAAGAAUCUCAAGUUGCUCAGUAUCCAGUCCAAUCGACUGAGAUCUAUCGAAGGCCUAGAAGCGUGUGUCAACUUAGAGGAACUCUACCUGUCUCAUAACGGAAUCGAGCGUAUUGAAGGUGUAGAGGCCUGUGUCAAGUUACGGACAUUGGACAUUGGCAACAAUCGGAUUAGCGUGCUGGAGAAUGUUGCCCAUCUGGCAGAUCUAGAAGAAUUAUGGGCUUCCAACAAUACCAUAUCAUCAUUUGAAGAAGUUUCCAGUCAGCUUGGUCAUCUCGCUAAACUGGAGACUGUGUACUUUGAAGGGAAUCCGCUACAAACUCAGCAAGCUACUCAAUAUCGGCGCAAGAUCAAGAUUGCAUUGCCAACCAUCAAGAAGAUUGAUGCGACGAAUUGUUAG